AUGCAACGUGCCGUGCUGCUGCUGCUGCUGCUGCUGGUCGCGGUCAGCUGUUGCUGGACGGUACAGCCGGUGGCCGGUGCGCUCGGUGGCUGUAGCUACGGUUACACCAGCAAAAGUAUCGCCCAGGCCUACCUGGAGUGUCUGCAGUACCUGAACGUUUCACGCCAACCACUCGCAACGUACGAUGAGACGGACACCGGUGCGGCGGGUAACUGUUUGGUGCGCUGCAUCGGUUUAACCACUCGCUGGUGGGACGAUGAGCGGGGAAUCUUGGAGCCCGCGUUGUUACGUCACUUCCGCAACACCGAGGUCGGGCUGCUCGAACAGGCAAGGCAGUGCGUCGGAUCGUUGACCGGCACCGAUCGGUGCCAGGGUGCUUACCGGUCGUUCCGGUGCUACGCCGAUCUACUCGGUGAGCUGGUGGCACAUCCCCGGUUUCUACCACCCCGGACCGGCGAGCUGCUCGGUGCGGUCAGCGAGUGUGCCGAGUUGUUGCAGCUCUCGGGCCAACGGGUCGCACGCUAUGUCACCAGCACUUUCCUGCGGGAUGGCCCCGGGACGCGGUUACUGCGCUGCAUCGUCCUGCAGCUCGGUCUCUACUCCGACAGCAAGGGAGUGUUGAGCGAGCGGUUGGCUUUGUUGCCCGGUGUGACCAACGAACCGGACACCGGCAGCCCGCUCAAGGCGAAACAGUGCGAGGCGAGCGUCCGGGAUCUCGGGGUCGAUGUGUGCCGGCUGGCAGCGCACUCGAUCGAACAGUGCUACGGUCGGGAAGCGUUCGGUGAGCUGUGGCCCCUGAUGAUGCACCGGUACGCGCCGGAUGGUGUGGCGCAGCAGUACGUGCAGGGGCCGACGCUGCCCGAUAACACCACGCCACAGGCAGCAGCACCCGUGCGGUCAAAGCUGGUGUUCUUGCGGAAGCAUGACGAGCGGGGUACGGCGGGCGGUGCCGUCCCGUUCGAGAUGGUGAUCGCCGACUCGGACUACCGGGAUAUCGCUCGGUUGCUCGAAAGCGAACCGAGCGUCGAGGGUGAGCCGGGAACGCCGGCAACUGCGGAGCUAGAGCUGGCCGAGACAGGCGAGUUGCCGGACGAAACCCACGGUAAGAAUGUGCUUCUAUGA